UCUCCCACACGUGCGCCCAACGACUCGCAGAAUCGCGUCCGCCAAGCCUCCAAGGUUGAUGGCCCCAGCCUCGCGAGAUGAUAACAGCUGUGGGCGCAUGUAAAAGGCAUCGGGGACCAUCGGUGGUGGGACCGGGGAGGCCGCUCCCUGCUGCUCUCGGUGCCACGAGGUUCCAACAGCACGAACCUCCCCCGGCUUCUCCCCGCUCCACCACCACCAACCUCCCUCGUCUUGCAUCUUCUUGGACGAUGCAUCCACCUUUGUAUUGGCCAUGGCAGGCUGCAUCCCAAAGAAGCAGCUGCUUCGGUUACCUCGGCCGCAGGAGGAGUGAGGGAAUCGGCAGAGUCGCAUCGGUGGCCUGGCCGACCUGAUCGUCCAGGGUAUAAGAGAGAUGCGUGCUGCUGGGGCUUGCCCGCCGUCACACGCGCCGUUCCAUCCCGCCCACCGCGCGUCCUGCUGCCCUGACUCUGCCUGCUUUCCUGCAGGGUCGCCUCCUCCCGUAUUGUCUGCACCGAUCGUCCCGCGCCGUCUCUUCCAAAAUGCGCGCCAGCACCGCACAGCUCGCAGUCGCCGGCCUCCUGGCCCUUGGCGGGCCCGCCAACGCGGCCCCGGCCAAGUCGUGCGGUCCCAAGGUCCACCCCGUCAAGUCGGUACAGCUGGGCCCCAGGCCAUACUGGCUAGUCGACAACAUGGAGGACGGCCCGCUCAAGAGGAAGCUCGACUCGUGCAAGGAGCUGCAGAUGAAGCCCAGCAAGCUCUCCAUCGCCCACCGUGGCGGCGGCACCCUGCAGAUCCCCGAGGGCACGCGGGAAUCGAUCCUCGCCGGCUCUCGCAUGGGUUCUGGGAUCCAGGAGUGCGACGUCGCCUUCACGUCGGACGAGCACCUCGUCUGCCGGCACUCGCACUGCGACCUGCACACGACGACCAACAUCGUCACCAUCCCCGAGCUCAACGCCAAGUGCACGCAGCCCUUCCAGCCGGCCGACCCGGCCACGGGCAAGGUCGCGACGGCAAGGUGCUGCACCAGCGACAUCACGCUCGCCGACUUCAAGAGGCUCUGCGGCAAGAUGGACGCGUCCAACCCCUCGGCCAAGACGCCGGCCGAGUUCCUGGGCGGCACGCCGUCGUGGCGCACCGACCUGUACGCGCGCGAGUGCGGCACCCUCAUCACGCACAAGGAGUUCAUCGCCCUCACCGACGCGCUCGGCCUCGAGUUCACCCCCGAGCUCAAGGCGCCCGAGGUGCCCAUGCCGUUCAAGGGCGGCGACUUCACGCAGGAGAGGUUCGCGCAGAAGAUGAUUGACGAGUACAAGGAGGCCGGCAUCGCGCCCGCCCGCGUCUGGCCCCAGAGCUUCCGGUACGCCGACGUGCUGUACUGGCUGCGCGCCGAGCCCGAGUUCGCCCGCCAGGCCGUCCUGCUCGACGAGUCGGCCGACGCCGACCCGACAAAGUUCCCCGAGUCGGUCGCGAACCUGACCCUCUACGCCGCCGCCGGCGUCAAAGUCAUCGCCCCGCCCCUGCCCUACCUCGUGACCGUCGGCGGCGCUGACGGCAAGUCCAUCGUGCCCUCGCCCUACGCGACCGAGGCCAAGCGCCUGGGCCUGCAGAUCAUCACCUGGACUCUCGAGCGGUCCGCCUGGCUGGGCGACGGCAGCGGCGGCGGCUACUACUACGCCACCAUCGGCAAGCUCCUCAAGCGCGACGGCGACGUCUUCAAGCUGCUCGACGUGCUCGUCAGGGACAUCGGCGCCAUUGGCGUUUUUACCGACUGGUCGGCCACCGUGACCUACUACGCCAACUGCUUUGGCUACGUCUAAAAGGGUCUGGUGGUUCACGAGCGAUAGACUUGAUGAAUAAAAUAUGAAAAAGCCAACCACGAUUUGUAUUGGAUACCUAUUUACAACGAUUAUUUUUUUGAAGCGAAGCCCCAGCCGAAAACCCCUGAUGCAAGAAAAUCAUACAUGGCGUAACACAUGAACAAAAGGAAAAGACAACCCCAUAGACACGUCCCUGAUACCCUGAUCUCCUGGAUACAAGCCCCGGCAUCCCAAAUCAUUAAAUCCGUCUGGCAUUCCUGACCAGGCCAGUACCUAGGGAGGUACCUACUCAGUACUCAG